AUGGAGGCUUGUAACCUGUCUGAUCUUGGAACUAAAGGCUCUCUUUAUACUUGGCGAGGUCCUAUUUUUAAUGGUGGACAACGUAUCUAUGAAAGAUUAGAUAUGGCUAUAAGUAAUGAGGAUUGGAGAUUAAUGUUCACUGAAGCUCAAGUUAAAGUGCUGAAUAGAGUUUAUUAUUCUUAUCAUCAUCCAAUCGUGGUCUCUCUCGAUAAUGACUUUGUUGAGAAGAUUCCUAAACCGUUUAGGUUCGAAACGAAGCAUUCAAAAGAGAAAUACAGAGGAUUGAUAAGGUUGGAAAAAAAGUUACAGGAGGAGCUGAAGAAUAUUUUGAGACAAGAGGAACUCAUGUGGUUCCAGAGGUCGAGAACUAUGUGGCUUGUGGACGAUGAUCGAAACACAAAAUAUUAUCAUUUAAAGACUGUUAACAGAAGGAGAAAGAAUAAAAUCAUUAUGAUUAAGGAUGAUAAUGGAGAAUGGAUUGAUGAUAGUGAGAAAAUUAAAAAGCAUGUGAACGAAAAGUUUCAGAAGUUGUUUUCCAUUGGUGAUAAAUGGAGUUAUUGGAGUCAGACAAUGAUAACUUUUAAAUCUAUUCUGGAGGAAGAGUUAGUGAAGACGGGGAAUAAUAUUAGUAAAGAGGAAAUCAGGAAAGUUAUGUUUGAUAUGAAAUCGUGGAAAGCUCCUGGCCCAGAUGGAUUUCCGGUGGGAUUUUGUCAAAAAUCUCGGGGAGUUGUUGGAGAUACGGUGUGCGAGUUUGUGAGCAAAAUGUGA